AUGAUUUUACAUUUCAUCUCUUUAUUUCUCAUUUUUCUUCAGUCAUUUACUUCUGGACAAGUACUCGAAUGUCCAUAUGGUUGGAAAGAAUUUACCGGUACGGCUUCUUGCUAUCGCUUUGUUCGUUAUCCAAAAGCAAAUUAUGACAAUGCUAUUGCUCUAUGUCAGACAAGUCUUUUGAGUGUUGAAUCAUUACCCGAACAUUUAUUUGUACAAGAUUGGUUAAAUGUACAUGAUCCUUCAACACAACGUUGGAUUACAAGUGGUCGACGUAAUGGACCAUUUUGGCAAUGGGCAAAAUCAACAGGUUUAAUAAAUUUACAAUUUGAUCAAGGAUGGUUACCACGUACUGAACAAGAACAACGAAUACGUUCAUAUCUUGUCUAUGCUUAUCAAAGCGGACAAUGGGGUUGGUUACCAUAUGAUAUAGCACCGGCGGAAGUUUUACCAUUUAUUUGUGAAGUUCCUAUACGAGAUACCUAUGGUGUUAUGACUAGUUAUCGAGGCAUUGAAUAUGGUCUUCCAUCAAAUAUUGAACAACGUUUUGUUCCUCGUGCACCGAAAUUUUAUGAACAACCUCAAGAUCAAGAAUUUGGUCGAAUCGAUCAAAUAACACUGGGUGGUGGUAGUACAUUUGGUAUUAGUAAAUUAUCAUUAGCUAUUGUUGUAACAUUAACAUGUCGAGCUGAUGCUUAUCCAGUUUCUGAUUAUUAUUGGUUUCGAAUGACUAGUGGUAUUAUAUCUGAAGCAGUCUUUGUUAAUUUAAAUGAUCCACGAUAUUUUCAACAUGGUGGAAAUUUAAUGAUUAAUAAUCCAACUAGUGAUGAUAGUGGAACAUAUUUUUGUAAAGCUAGUAAUAUCUUUGGUACAGCUAUUAGUAAUCGUGUAUAUUUACGUGAAAUAACAUUGGGUCAAUUUGAAAAACGUGAACGACCAAAAGUUAUUGCAGAUGGUCAUCGUGAUGCAAUUAUUGAUUGUUUAUAUAAAAAUACAAAUACUGGAGAUCUUAAUUAUGCUUGGUUUAAAGGUGCUAUAAAUCAAAAAGUACAACAAACCGCUGAACGUUUUAUAUCUCGAAAUGGAAAUUUAUAUUUUUCACGUGUAACAGAUGGUGAUUCAGGAAAAUAUUAUUGUGCUGUUCAAUCUGAAAAUACUCGUCUUCGUUAUUUACCAUCACAAACAAGUGAAGGAACAGAAUUAGAUGUUCGUUCAACAUUUGGACAAGAACGUAGUCCACGUAUAUUUCCAAAUUUUCCACAUGUUUUUCCUACAACACGUUUACCAAGAUUAGGUGAAAAUGCAUCAAUUGAAUGUAUAGCUGAAGGUUAUCCUGUUCCAACUUAUCGUUGGUUUCGUGAAGAUGAAGGUGGUGGUUUAGCUCCAUUACAAUCAAAAGCUAUUCUACUUAAUUUUAAUCGUGAAUUAAUUAUACCAAAUUUACAACGUGAUGAUAUAGGUUUAUAUCGUUGUGAAGCAUCAAAUACACGUUCAGUUGUUUAUCAAUCUGUUUCAUUACAAGUACAAAUUGAUCCUGUUUUUGUUGUACCACUUGAUGAUCAAGUACUUGAUAUAGGAACUGUUUUAUCAUGGUAUUGUGAAGCAUAUCCAAAUGAUUUAAAUCAAUUACGUUAUUCAUGGUUUAUUAAUGGUACAGAAAUCUUUUGGGAACGUUUAACAUUAGUACAACAACAACGUUUAACAAUAACAAAUAAUCUAUUGAUGAUUAAUAAUGUUCAACCAUUUGAUAAUGGAAUUUAUCAAUGUGCUGCAACAAAUACACAAAAUAAUGUUCAACGUUUUAGUACAGCUGAAUUACGUGUUAUUACAUUAGCACCAACAUUUGGAAAGAAUACAAUGGUAUCAACAUUAAGAUCAACUGUCGGAGGUUUAGUCACAAUUGUUUGUAAUCCAGAAGGUGCACCUAGACCACAAAUACAAUGGUUUAAAAAUAAUGUUCAAUUAGGUGUUGAAGGAAGUGUACAAAUUUUUCCUAAUGGAAAUUUAGCAAUUACAAAUAUUCAAUUAACAGAUGCUGGUAAUUAUUCAUGUAUGGGAACUAAUCAAUAUGGUGUCGCACAACAAAGUACCUAUGUUUAUGUUAUGCCGGAAGGUACAACAAUAAUAUCAACACCAGGUGGACGUGAUGUUAUUCUAAAUCAAACUAUUGUUAUACCAUGUGAUGCUCGUUCAAUGAAUCAAAUGGAUUUAACAUUCUAUUGGCGUUUUAAUAAUGAAAUUUUAACUAUUGAUAAUAGACGUUUUCGACAAGAUAAUCCUGAUCGUCCAGGUGAUUUACGUAUUAUACAAGCUCAAUAUAGUAAUGCUGGACGAUAUACAUGUGUUGCACAAACAACAGUUGAUGAACAAUCAUCAUCCUAUCAAUUAAAUGUUUUUGGUCCACCUGGACCAAUGGCUGGUGUACGUUGUACACAACCAUUUCAACGUCAAGUUACAUUAUCAUGGGUUGUUGGUAAUGAACAUGGUGCACCAAUAAUACAUUAUACAAUUGAAUCAUUAUCUAAUCAUCGAUCAUGGUGGAUAUUUCAUGGAAAUUUUACUAUUGCGGCUCCAGCAAAUAAAUUUAUAACAAUGACAUUAACUGGUUUAUCUGCAUUUACAGAUUAUCGUUUUCGUGUAUUGGCAACAAAUAUGUAUGGUUCAGGUGAACGAUCAGAAAUUUCACCACCAUGUGUUACACAACCAGAUAUUCCAGGUUUAGCACCAGCACGAUUAGGUGGUGGUGGUGGAAAAUUAGGAGAUUUAAGAGUUGUUUGGGAUCCAUUACCAAUGGAUUUCUGGAAUGGACCUAAUUUAACUUAUCGUAUAUAUAUACAAAAACAAGGAGAAAAUCGACAACAAAUAUAUACUGUACUGGAUCCAUUACGAAAUUUUUUUAUAACUCAUCUGUCUGAUAAAAUGUAUUAUUUUCCAUAUAAUGUUCGUAUCUCAGCUGUGAAUAUUCUUGGUGAAGGACCUGUAUCUGGUAAUGUAACAAUACGUUCAGCUGAAGAUCGUCCAUCACGUCAAGUUCUUAAUGUUAAAUGUAAUCCAUAUAAUAGUACAGCAAUGACUGUAACAUGGGAUAUGAUUGAUGAAAAUGAUUAUGCUGUUUUACGUGGUCGUUUACUUGGUUAUAAUGUUCGUUAUUGGCGUAAAGGUAUUGAUGAACUUACAAAUUAUUGGGAACGUCGUUUUCCAGGUCAACGUUCACGUGCUAUUAUAAUUGGUCUUGAAUCAAAUAUUGAAUAUGCUGUUCGAGUUUCUGUUUAUACACAAUUUGGUGAUAGUCCUGAAGGUAGUUAUUUUUCACAUCGAACAUUUCGUUUACCACCACUUAUUCCACCACAAUAUGUAACAAUUCGACAACCGAGACGUGAUAAAGAUAAACGUGUAAGACUAAUUGGCGACCUUUAUAUGUAUAAAUUAGAAGUUGAAUGGCGUGGAAUAUCAACUACAUCCGAUGAAGAACCAUUAGAAGGUUAUAUGGUUAAAGUUUGGGAACAUUAUCAAUCAAUACGAAAUGCAACAAUUUAUUAUGUUGAUGGAUCGAAAUAUAAAAUAACAAUUGAUAAUUUAUAUAAAAAUCGUAAUUAUAAAUUACGUGUUCAAGCUUGGUCACUUGGUGGUGAAGGAAAAUAUUCAUCACCUGAAAAAGAAUUUCGAUUUGAUAAUGAUGGACGUUUAUUAAUACUUUAUAAUCCUGAUACAAGUCUUCUUUAUCAUAAUAAAUCAUCGAAACAAUAUUCAUCAAUGACCAUAGCGCCAAGUUCACAACAUAUGCUAAGUGAUUCAAAUAAAUCUCGAAAUAGUGAUUGGCCAGCAUCUCCAACUGAUAUUUCGUUCACAACAAGUCCCGGGAAUUCAACCGAUGAGACUGUGGAAAAAUCAACUGCAACUCGGCGUUGGAAACCUAUUCUUAUUGGUAUGGUUCUUAGUUUAUUACUAGGAAGUAUUGCUAUUGCAACAGUGACAACUAUGUGGCUCCAGCCAAUUUCAACAGUUUCUACCACGACUGUAACAACUACUAGCACAACUUCAGUAACAACGACAACUAGUACUACAACUUCAACGACUAGCACAACCAGUACAACUUCAGCAACAACAUCAACUAGCAGUACUAGUACAACUUCGGUAACAACAACAACUAGUAGUACUAGUACAACUUCAGCAACAACAACAACUAGCACUACAAGUUCAACAAGCUCAACAACUAGUACAACUUCAGUAACAACAACAACCAGCACUACAAGUUCGACAAGCUCAACAACUAGUACGACUACUACUAGUGUUACUACGACUACGACAGCAACAAGUAUAUUUUCAAUAUCAUAUUCUGAAAGUUUUACAAAUGGAGUUGCUGCUACAACUCAAUGUACUGCAUGGACAAAUUUUGUUGCUCAAUUAACAGCUUCAUCAUAUUCAUCAUUAACAAUGAGUGGUACAUUUGAUCCAGUCGGUAUAACAACAACCGAUCCUACUGUAGUAGCUGCUAUUGCAUUAGCUUUAAGCACAUCAACUACAUAUGGACCGGUAACAUCGAAUGGUCAUUCAUGGAUGGUUGGUAGUUGUGGUGGAACUGAGUUAAGCGCUAGUGGUUCUAUUUGUGCAUGCCCAACUUUAGAUUAUAUUGUUCGCCCAUGUAUAAGCAAUGCGAAUUUUGGUGGGAUAAAUACUACUACUUGUGGUGGACCUACUCAAACAAUGACAGUAACAUUUCAAUGA